AUGUACUCUGCAUGUUUGUUAUGUCAUGUGUCAUGAUUGUGUUGUUAAUGUGUGUCAUACCAUUUCAUCUCAUUCAACCAGGGUCUACCAGGGCGAAAUGGCUAUCCGGGUCCGAUUGGUAUGGAUGGAAAGCUGGGUCAGCCUGGUCCUCAAGGCCCUCCUGGUCCAAAAGGCGAGAAGGGAGAUCAAGGUGAUCAGGGCCCUCGGGGUCUGCCAGGCUUCCCCACAGUUGCUGCUCUGCACAGUAAUCAGAUCCUCACCGUCAAGGGGGACCAAGGACAAGCUGGACCCCCUGGGCCUCCAGGGCCACCAGGACCCAGAGGUCCCCCAGGAGAUACCGGCAAAGAUGGUCCUCGUGGGAUGCCUGGCAUACCGGGUGAGCCGGGAAAACCAGGAGAACAAGGAUUGACAGGACCUCAGGGGCCUCCAGGACAAAAGGGUUCUGUUGGAGUGCCUGGUGUUCCAGGGAGAGACGGACAAGUGGGUGAACCUGGUUUGCCUGGCAUAGUGGGGGAGAAGGGAGCAGCAGGGCUUAAGGGUGACCCUGGAGAAAGAGGAGAAAAGGGUGAUGCUGGAGAAAGUGGACCGAAGGGUGACACAGGAGAAAAGGGUGACCCUGGUUCUUCUGCUGCAGGAAUUAAGGGUGAACCUGGUGAAUCUGGACGGCCUGGUCAAAAGGGUGAACCAGGUCUUCCUGGGCUUCCUGGACUCCCUGGGAUAAAGGGUGAACCAGGUUUCAUUGGUCCGCAAGGAGAACCUGGGUUGCCAGGGCUACCAGGAACAAAGGGUGACAGAGGAGAGGCAGGCCCUAUUGGGAAGGGUGAGCGUGGUGAACCUGGAGUUCCUGGACCAAAGGGGAAAACAGGUGAACCUGGAUCUAGAGGCCCAAAAGGGUCAAAGGGUGAUACAGGUGACAGAGGUGACACAGGAUCUGCAGGUCCACGGGGACCACCUGGACAGAAGGGUGAUCAAGGUGCAACAGAGAUAAUUGACUAUAAUGGCAAUAUCCAUGAAGCUCUGCAGAGGAUUGCCACUCUGACUGUCACGGGGCCACCAGGACCACCGGGACCCCAAGGGCUGCAGGGGCCAAAGGGUGAGCCAGGAUCCCCAGGAACCCCAGGAGUUGAUGGGGAGCAGGGUCCUAAAGGCUCAAAAGGAGAUACAGGUGAUCCUGGAAUGCCUGGAGAAAAGGGAGGAAUUGGACUGCCUGGCCUGCCAGGAGCCAAUGGUAUGAAAGGCGAAAAAGGAGAUGUUGGUUUGCCUGGUGCCCAGGGUCCUUCAAUGAUAGGACCACCUGGACCACCAGGGCCACAUGGUCCUCCAGGCCCUAUGGGACCUCAUGGACUGCCUGGCCCAAAGGGAGCAUCUGGCUUAGACGGAAAGCCAGGACCCCGGGGUGUAGAUGGCCCAGUUGGUCCCCAUGGCCCUGCAGGUCCUAAAGGAGACAGAGGUGAAAAGGGAACUGUAGGUGACCCUGGACCCAGAGGACCGUACGGCUUGCCUGGCAAGGAUGGCGAGCCUGGCCUCGAUGGUUUCCCUGGUCCUCGAGGAGAAAAGGGUGAUAUAGGAGAAAAGGGAGAAAAGGGGGAAAAGGGAAAGAAAGGCAAAAAGGGGCCUAAAGGGGAGAAAGGAGAACAGGGUGCUCCUGGAUUAGAUGCACCUUGCCCAUUGGGUCCUGAUGGAUUACCAAUGCCUGGCUGUUGGCAAAAGUGAUGAAUCUAACCUUACAAGCAUGAAGUUGUGUAUAUAGUGCUCCACUUUUUGUAUUUAUAGUUGCAAACUGAAAAUUCAAUUUUACAAGUCUGAGAUAUGUUUACAUGUAGCUGCUUCUAUUUGUUUGCAAUAGUCCACAUGUACAUCUUUUUUUCACUUACAUCUGCAGUUAGAUGAUAUUUAACUGCAGAGUAAACCUGCAAAGAUUCUCUCUCUAAUGAGAGAGAGAAUGAUCUUGAUACAGUGAUCAAUAAUAGAAAUCUGAUUAUUUCUGUAAAUUCUUACAUUUUGGCUUGCGGACCUGCAUGGACAAUGAGUGCCAUGAACAAGUUUACAAAAAAUUGUGACCAAAUAAGAGCAAAAUGCUAUGAAAUGUACUGUACCAGCUGCUGUUGGAGUUUACUGACUUGGCUUCCAUGUCCAUCUUAAACACUUCACUGAUUCAUGCCACCAUAUCUGCUUGUACGGACUAAAAGCAUGAGUUUGUGUGCCAAACCUGCUUGUUGUGUGAUCACGUCAUGUGCUAAAUGGCUGCUCACAGUGACCUUUGAUUCCAGCUUCUGAAUUGUUUCCUUUUGUCAUCUCAAGGGAGUCACACCGUGGCUUAUUGCUAAAAAGAGAUAAACCACAGGAGGAUAGAAAAAGGCCUUGAAUUUUUGGGGAAUAGAGUUCCAGCUGCAGGUGGAUGGCUUCCAGUCUUGCGGGUCACCUGGCCCCUUUGAUCAAAGAGGGUCCUGCCUGUUAAUCAGCAUCGGUUUGCCUUGCACUGCUCACGGUCGUGAAGACAUUCACGACAGGCCCUGUCGAGUCCUUACUCAAGAAGGAAAGAAGUUAGAAGAAGAAACCAGACUUCUCUGUGGGUUGUUUGAAAAGGUUACAGAGGUGCUGCAGGGAUCACUUGGUGGCAGACACUGCCUGAGACCAGAAGCUUCUCAACCUUACUCAAGGAUGGACAGAGUAUCUGCUCUGCGUAUUGUAUUUUGGGACUGCUGGAGGAAAAAGCAUUCUUGAGGUGGGGAUGAAUUGGCACAUCCUCCUCCAGAGGAGGAAGAUAAUGGAACUGGCCAGAGAUGUAUGUACCAUGGUGUGGUUUUCAGGUGAUACAGUUCAAAUUACACAAAACUAGCUGAACUUCUCUGCAGAAUUUUGGAAGCUAUGGUUAAUUUUGUUUCUUUUUCCCAUAACUGUUGCCAUAAAGGAUGCAUUUUAAUAAUCCAUUCAACAUUUGUCAUGAUGGCAUUGAAGAAAAUACUUCAAGUCACAUGUUCGUCUUGUUUCAGUAUUAACAGUUUUUAUUUCAGAGUCUUUGAAGCCUGCAAGUCUAAAAAAGAAAAGAGUUUAUUUUUGUGUUUCACAGACUGAUUUAUUCUUCUUGUUCUUCUUCUGCUGUUACAGUGACCUUAGUGGACAUUACUACUCAAAAAACCUUGGAGAGAAACAAGUCUGUGUGAUUACCAUUGCACACUUGUCAUCGCACUACACUUGUUAAAGGUGUCAGUAUUUCUCCAUUUCUGUUCAGAUUAAUAGUUUUCUACAGAAUCAUUGGCAAAGUUUUGCUUCUCCACUUUUUUUUCUUGCUAGAAAUACUUAAUUUGUGCACAUUUGUAGUUUUUGCCAUGAGGUACUUUUUCCAGUUUUGAGUCUUCAUAUGGUGCACUGUAAUUAGUUUGAGAGACGAGUUUAUGAAAAAUGGUGCCAUAUUUGGCAGAUGGAAAUUCUUUUUAUAUCACUUCCGUUCCUAGUGUGUAGCAGGAUGAUCACAAACUUUUGUAGUUACUUUUCUGAGGCUGUCUUUCAUAUGUAGACCAAAAGUAAAGUUAAGGAAGACAGCUUGUCUCCAUCCAUGGGCACACACCUUGCCCUUCUUGGAAUGCAUAUUUUUCCUUGCUCCAUCAUUUCUAUAUCAUGUGAAGAUAGGGACCUGCUGUGGUUGCACUUUUUGUAUUGCUGCACAAAUGCCACUAUAAUGCAGUCUUUCACUUUGCUAAAUCUUUAUUGUCAUUUUGGUAUAUCAGAAACAAAAGCAGAUUUUUAAUGGGGGAAAAUCUUCCACAGGUUUUCAAAACUAAAAAUUAAUUUAGUGGCCUCCAUCUAGUGGUAGCUUACUAUUAAAAGCAAAAUUCAACACUAUAUAGAUAUGUAUACUGAAUAUAUAUAUAUAUUUACUGCUCAAUUCCAUUUUUCCAAUAGCAAGAAAUAAACAAGUGUUCACAGAUAUGAGUAAAAAAUGUUUUUAUUUACUUAAAUAUUCACAGAUGCAAGUAUCAACCUGUUUGAAUAAUCAUGAUUAGAAUAGUAAAAGCCUGUACGUGGCGUAGACUGAAUAUAAAGUGUUAACAGAGUGCUACAGCAGGAAUGUGAAUAAGAGACUUUCCAGAAAGGGGACAAGAGGAGCACCGUGUAAGCCCUCUGACUUGUCAGUUUUAGUCUGCUUAUUUAAGAAGCACUAUCUCAAAAAAAAACCAGACUGAGGAGCAAGCUGCCCAUCUAGCAGAAAGGAGUCUCUUAACACUUAUGUCUUCACUUGGCACAUCUGACUAGGUAUAUUAUAUAUGUGAAACGUUUUCAUAAAAUAUCAAAUACUGGCAAUCAUACAGUAAGAUGAAGUAUUUUUAAAAUGUCCCUCAGAGUAUUCAAAUGCAAAAUCAGGUGGGAUGUUUUAUCUGGCUAGAUGUUUUAGCAGUUCCAUAUCAAGAGUGGCCACAAACACAACUCAUUUAAGAAAUAGCAACAAGAUAAAGAGCUAUUAAAUGCAUGCCGCCAUUAGCACUUCCAUGUUUUUUAGUAUACCUGUAUUUUUAGGCUGUCCUCAUAGCAUCCGUUUCUACACACAUCAAUAAAGUUAGCAGAGCAGCGAUUCAUGAUUUCUUCAUUCAGGAUAUAAUUAUAAACACUACUGUUAGGUGUUAGUCAAAACCCAAUUCUCCUUUAACUCCAUGACACUGAGACCCUGCUGAAGAAACACUUAAGCACCUUAAUUCAAUUUCUUUUCUGCCUUGUAAAGAAAUUUCUUUAUUUAACUCCCAGCAGGUAGGACACUUUGAUUUUUUUCCAAAUAAUCUAACUUUUUUAAGCUUCCAUAUUGUUCAGUAUUGUGAAAAGUUCAUUCCAUUUAAAUGACCAUGGGUGAACGGCAGAUAAUUUAAUUUGACAGGAUAAACUAUAUACAUAGAUUUGAAAUUAAUAUUUUCACCUCAAAGACUGACUUGAGAUGAAACCUAACAGGAUCUAGAAAAGCUACAUGUUCAGUAUAAGAACAAAAAAAACGGAUUUAAUAUUUCAUCCAAGAAAAGCACCCUUUGAAGACUUGCAGCGUGUUUAUUUUGUUUAAAAAACAACUAUUUUUGGUGCUAGUGUAUCUUUUUUCUUUUGAUGGCAAAGCUACAGUUUGAACCAUCUGUGUGUUGUAUCUUUUAGUAGCAUUCCUCCAAAUAGACAUGAUUUGUUUUGUUUAGUUUGUGACAGGAACUGUAGUUCCUCUACCAGUCUUUUCGGUUGUAGAAAUGUGUAGUGGUAUUAGUCUGCAUAGUUUCUAUAUCCCUGACUUUUUCAGGUGUGAUUAAUUCUUGUUUCUUUGAGAGUUUUCAGUAUUUGUUUCAUAGCAAGUUUUGUAAUCAUCUGUUACCACACUGUGCAGAAGUCCUGCUACAGAAGCAGCAAGUUUUCUAAGCACUGUAUGGAAUAUAUCUAACAUACAUGGUUCUUGUCUUCAUAUUCAUAGAUUAGCUAUGGGGAAUCUUUCUUUCAAGAUGCUUUGGACACCUUUUUAUUUUUUUCCUGAGAUAAAGCAUGAAAUGUUAAUUCAUGAAACAAUGAUACAAUGUAUGGUUUUGAUUUAUAUAUUUAUUGCUGAUUUUGAUAUCACAUUCUGAUAGUGUAGCCAGGCAGAAUGACACUCUUCAUCCACCUCUUUAUAUAUUGUUUUAGUCUACCAUGUAAGUAGUGUGAAUGAGUUUCAGAAUGAUCAAAUCCAUAAACCUGGACAUGUGUAAAGUAUAGAGUUUAAAAAGGGAUAAUUCUUAAGAUUGAUGUACAGCGUGGAAAGGUAGCAUCAGAUCCACUGAGCGUUACACUCGUGGAAGAGUGCACGUGAGCAUUGGUUACUCAGUUAGGCCAGCAAAAGAGACGAUGCAACCCCAAAUGGGAUGAGCAGACCUUUGGUCCUUGUCGGAGGUGGAGUCAAAGGAUGUGGUUCAAAUUCUGGAUCCUGUCAGGGUUUAGAGAGAUUUGUCCCACUGACCAACACUGCACCUGGAUUGCAAACCGGGGCUCAGCCACACAAGACUCUUCACUUGGCUGUGCCUCCCUUUCCCCAGCAAGAAAACGGAGAGCAAUGCAUCCUUCCCUUGCAAAGUGCCGAAGGAAGGACUUAGGUAUUGAUCCUAAUAACAAGGGGAAUAUUAUCAACUUCAACAGUGGGGUUUUGCAUAAAUCAGGACCACUUCAGUGAGUAAGAACUGCAGAGGUACGCCCAAUCUAUAGAAUGUGAUGAAGAUGUUCAAGGCAUGCAGGAGCUGACCUUUUCUUUUGAAUUUCCUGAUCUCUGCUGCUUGACCAUCUUAAAUUACACUUUUUAAUCUCUGUGUUUUACCUAAUGAGACCUAAAUUUUUGACAACACAGUCACACAGAACACUAGUAUCUGCAAAGAUAGUGGUCAAAAGUUUAACUUUUAGUCACUGCAAAAAAUUAUUCCAUUUCAGUGACUAGAAUUAAAACUAACAUCUGAUUUUACUUUUUUUUUCCUUUCUGCAACUUGCUUUUAUGGAUCUGAAUGUUGCUAUCAUGUACAAAUGAAGAUUUUCUUGCACCCUCUGCUAUUGAAGUAUUUUACAUGGUGGUUGGAUUCAUUAAAUGCUGUUAGAAACAAGUGCCUGCCACUAUCAUUUCUGGCAGAAUUUAAAAAAGACACUCCACAAAACAGGUGGAGUUUGUAUUUAAAAAAAAAGGAUUUGGAGUGUUGCUUUUGUUUCAUUUUAUUUUUAAAUGCAUCCAAUUAUCAGUGCUGCUUGGAAAUUGAAUUGUCUUUCGAAAACAGGGGGCCUUAACUUAACCUGGGACCGUUAGUGUUUUAGUUGUUUCUAUUGAAAAAAUAAAUUGUAUGAAUUUCCCAGAUACCAUUGGUACUUGCACACUUCUCGGAAGUAUUAUGAAGAGUUGGGUUGGUGAAAGAAUGUUUUACAUAUUGUUAACAUAUAUGUGGAUAUUCUUAUAUUAUUGUACAUGUUUGGGAAAAUAUCACACAACUUUAAAAAUGUUAUUAAGAUGUAUGUAUCUGACUUUUUCCUUUGGAAAAUAUUAUAUAUUUUUAUUUGUAUUUUUUACUUUUUUAAGUUCAGCUAUAUGUGCUGUUAUUUUUGUAUUGCAAAUGGUCUCAUAAAUGCAGUAGAAGAGAAAAAUACAAAGAAAAGUAAUUUGGCAAGGAUUACAAUGCUCGGGGGGAAAAAAUCACAUGGGUCAGUAUCAUAUUAUCAAUACUAGAAAUAUUUUGAGUGUCUUAGCACUGUAAAUAUGUCAUGAGACCUCCUUUGGCAAGUAAUGAAAAGAAUUGCAAGGUUUUAAUCACCCGUUUUAAUUUGUUAUUAAUUACCACUUUCUUGUGGCCUCUGGUCCUGACUUAAUUGAACCUGAUCAAACAGCAUGCUUUUGUUUUUAUUAUUAAAAUUUCUCCUUGUUUUUCAGUUGGAUACAGUUUUGUUUUCUUUCAGUUUUGUAC